AUGGCCGCGCCAGCGGGAUUCCAACAGCAACAGUCUCCUGAGAAGGUGGUGGAGGAGCUGAAUCGUCUGUAUCAGCAGCAUCUCAACCUCCAAUGGGUAAAGAGACGUGCCAUUACCCUCUCCGAGACCAUCUCUAGAGUCCUCAACGACUUCGACGCCAUUUUACGAACCAACACUUCUCCUAAAUGGUAUUAUAUUUGGGGGAAAUUUUCAAUGGUAGAAUUGGGACUAUCUACACUUUUGAAAGAGAUUGAGGAAGCUUCAAAGCUUUUUGUUGUGCAUCCGAACAACGUCAAUGGCGAGAAUGCAACUGUUCUACCUGCUAUGUUGUCAUCAAAGCUUUUGCAUGAAAUGGAGAUAGAUGACAGCACAAAGAGAGAGCAAUUGUUAAAUGGGAUGCAAAACCUACCAGUGUCUAUACAAAUUGAGAAGCUAAAGACUAUAAUGGAUAAGAUUGAAGCAGCCUGGGCAGGUGCUAAUAAUGCUUACAUUUCCAUUUAUACGAAAAAACUAAGACCAUUAGUUCUUCCAACAAUUGACGCGGUUCAAGAUGCAAAAAUACGAGAACAAGAGAAUUUGCUUCAGAGUGCUGUAAAUCAUGGUGAAGGUGUUACAUUUACGGCCUUACAGGCUUCCCUGCUAUUUUGUCUAUGCUAUGCUUACUCUGAGAGUUUUUCAGUUAUCUUGCAUAUUUUUCCUUUGCAUAUUAUUGUCAAAUCUUGA